AUGGCGUGCAAUGCUCCUUCUGAGCUCGCUGGAGGAGAUGCCUCGAAAUCCCAAAUCGUCAACUUCAACUUUGAGCUGGAAGCCGGAAGUGCCACGAAGCAGGAGGGCAAGGAGGGUGAGGUGCUUUGCGUCAAAAGCACCUUCCUGGACAUGGGGGAUGGGCUCAGUCUCAAGAAACGAUUCCGGACCUUUCGCAAGGCCUCUACAGACGGAAACUUGGACGACGGAGAGGGCCCAGAGGUCUACGAGCCAGGCACAUUUUCCCCUAAGUGUGUCGAUCGCUCGGAGUCAGAGGACUCGGAGAUAAAGACUGGCGCGACAACGCCCACAAUGCCCUCUGGAGCAGAGGACAACAGCGAACCUGAGACCUGUGAAGAAAAGUGCGAAGAGGAGCACGGCGAAUGGCCAAAGCAGGAUUCAAGCCGAAGGAGGCCGCGCACAACGGUGAUGAUGCGAAAUCUGCCCAACAACUACACAAGGUCCAUGCUGCUACAGCUGCUUGAUUCACGCGACUUCGCCGGACAGUACGAUUUUCUCUACCUCCCGAUCGACUUCACGCGUAGGGCAAACCUUGGUUACGCCUUCGUUAACCUCGUCAGUGAGGAAGCCGUUGCGUCAUUUUGGGAGCUCUUCGAUGGGUUCAGCGCAUGGUCCUUCCCUUCCUCGAAGGUUUGUGAGGUGUCCUGGAGCGGGCCGAAGCAAGGGUUCAAGGCCCACGUGGACCGCUACAAGAAUAGCCCCGUGAUGCACAAGAGUGUCCCUGAUGAGUACAAGCCCAUGAUAUUCGCCAACGGGGUGCGCAAGAAGUUUCCUGCUCCAACAAUCCGAAUUCAACACCCAAAGAAAGCUGGGAAGCAAUGA